UGUAGCGCCUUCCUCUGGCUGGUCCGGGCGGCGCAGAGCGACUGCCCGCCUUGUGGCCCUUUGAGAGCGACUCAGUCUGUUCCGCUGCAGUGAGUUCAGGGGAGUCUGAGCGAGUCAGCGUCCUCUUUUUAAGACGAACGGUUCUUAGAAAGGUCCUGAAAGAAGAAGUUGAACGAAUAACGACAUCAAAUGCUAUUUCACUUUGUAUUAGUUCACGGCGAGAGUAAAAGUAACCCUUUAGGGUCCUUCACCUGGGAUGGCCGCUGUAUUAACUGAUGAGGAGGUAGCAGGGACCUUUUUUUUAUUAAUUCAAGCCAAGUGAAUGAAAGUAAAACAUUUCGGUCCUUCACCUGAGAUUACCUGAUUUUCUUCUUGGGUCACCCACUUUCUCUAAUAGUCAUGCCAUCACAAAGGAAAUCACCUGAUCAAAAAAGACCCCGUAGAAGCUUAUCUACCAGCAAAACUUCAAAAAGCCAGUGUCAUUCGAUUACUUCGUAUUUUAACAGUGCACCACCUGCUAAACUUGCAUGUUCAACUUGUCAUAAAAUGGUGCCCAGGUAUGACCUCAUUCGGCACCUUGAUGAGUCUUGUGCUAACAACGGUGAUGGUGAUGAUGUUCAAGUAGAGCCUGCUCAGGCUGGAUUAAUGAGUCCAACUGUGCCUACAUCAGAUUUACCCAGUGUUCCUUUAGAGAAUGUGACACCUCAGAAAUUAUCACCACCAAAGAGAAGUUUAAUCCCUGUCCAAUGUGGUUCAAAACUGGGCAUACAACAGCAGACCAGUCCCUACUUUAAAGAUGCCUUAGUGUCCAAAAAUCAAAAUGAGCUUCCAAAUCAAACUGUAGAAAUUAUGCCUUUGGGAAGUCUGUCAUCGAAAUUGUCCAGACGAUACUUAAAAGCUAAAAAAUCACUCGCUAAGAAUGAGGGACUAGCCAGUCAGUGCCCACAGACUUCUCUGUCCACACCUGGCACCAGCCUGACUGAUAAUGGUCCAGAGAUGGAAGACAAAGAUGAGGUUUUGAACAGUUCCCAAAAGGAAAACAUUUAUUCAUGUGCACCUCUAAAAGAAGAGAAUGCUUCAGAACAGAUGGUAAAGAACAAUAAAAUAACGGGAGAUGAAAGCCAGAAAGCUUCCUGCGGGGAGCUGGCCCUCACCCCUGCAUCUGCAGAGCAUGCUUCCAUAUUACUGUCUUCAGAUUCAACUCUCGUCAGUAACAUGAAAUCCUCUCCGGGAGACACUCUUGUAAAGCAAGAAAGUGCCAGAAGGGCAGAUGUAGCGCUUGCUGAGCCGCUUGAGGUGUGCAGUCACAAAGAAGUACAAAUGGCUUUUGAUGCUGCGGCCAAAACGCUGGUGUCGGGGGAGGCAGAAUCAAAUGGUCCUACCGAUGUUGACAUGUCUGACAUGUCUACGUGGAGUAACAACCGAGAGCUUGUCAGGGAAGCUGGCAGUGUCUUACACUGCCCUCUGGAGCAGGGGUCCAGCUGUGGUGGUCCCAGUGAGACAGCUCGACCGGCACUGAGUCACCCGUACUACCUGCGGAGCUUCCUGGUGGUGCUGCAGGCCCUCCUUGGGAACGAAGAGGACAUGAAGCUCUUCGAUGAGCAGGAGAAGGGGAUUAUCACCAAGUUUUACCAGUUGUCAGCUAGUGGUCAAAAGUUGUAUGUGAGGCUCUUUCAACGUAAAUUAACCUGGAUUAAAAUGAGUAAACUGGAGUAUGAAGAGAUUGCCUCCGACUUAACCCCUGUGGUUGAAGAAUUGAAGGACUCAGGCUUUCUACAGACAGAAUCUGAGUUGCAAGAACUCUCCGAUGUACUUGAACUCCUUUCUGCUCCUGAGCUGAAAGCCCUGGCCAAAACCUUCCACUUGGUGAGUCCCGGUGGGCAGAAGCAGCAGCUGGUAGACGCCUUUCACAAACUGGCCAAACAGCGCUCAGUCUGCACGUGGGGCAAGACUCAGCCUGGAAUCAGAGCAGUGAUUUUAAAAAGAGCUAAAGACUUGGCUGGCCGGUCCCUUCGAGUCUGUAAAGGCCCUAGGGCUGUGUUUGCCCGAAUCUUGCUUCUGUUCUCAUUGACUGAUUCCAUGGAAGACGAAGAAGCUGCUUGUGGGGGUCAAGGUCAGCUGUCUACUGUGCUGUUGGUCAAUCUGGGCCGAAUGGAGUUUCCUCAGUACACUAUCUGCCGGAAGACCCAGAUCUUCAGGGACAGAGAGGAUCUCAUCAGAUACGCAGCAGCCGCACACAUGCUGAGUGACAUCUCGGCUGCCAUGGCCAGUGGGAACUGGGAGGAUGCUAAGGAGCUUUCUCAGAGUGCAAAAAGGGACUGGGACCAACUGAAAAGCCACCCUUCCCUGAGGUACCACGAGGCCUUGCCGCCCUUCCUGCGCUGCUUUACCGUCGGGUGGAUCUACACAAGGAUUUCCUCUCGGGCUGUUGAAGUCCUAGAGAGGCUUCACAUGUACGAGGAAGCUGUCAAGGAACUUGAAAACCUCUUGUCUCAGAAAAUCUAUUGUCCUGACAGCAGAGGCCGCUGGUGGGAUCGCCUGGCUCUUAACCUGCACCAGCACCUGAAGCGGCUGGAAGAGGCAAUUAGGUGCAUCAGGGAAGGCCUGGCAGACCCACACGUGAGGACAGGACACCGACUUUCUCUUUAUCAGCGAGCCGUGCGCCUGCGAGAGUCUCCGAGCUGCAAGAAGUACAAGCACCUCUUCAGCCGGCUGCCCGAGGUUGCCGUGGGAGACGUCAAGCAUGUGACCAUCACGGGCAGGCUGUGCCCACAGCAUGGCAUGGGCAAGUCUGUGUUUGUCAUGGAGAGUGGAGACGCCACCAACCCCACCACAGUCCUGUGUUCUGUGGAGGAGCUGGCCCUGGAUUAUUACAGGCAGAGUGGCUUUGACCAAGGGAUUCAUGGAGAAGGGUCCACCUUCAGCACCCUGUGUGGCCUCCUGCUGUGGGAUAUCAUCUUCAUGGAUGGAAUACCAGACGUCUUCAGAAAUGCCUACCAGGCAUCCCCACUGGAUUUGCUCACGGACAGCUUCUUCUCAAGCAGGGAGCAGGCCCUGGAAGCCAGGCUGCAGCUGAUCCACAGCGCCCCUGCUGAGAGCCUGCGGGCCUGGGUGAGCGAAGCAUGGCAGGCCCAGCAAGGCAGAGUGGCCUCUCUGGUCAGCUGGGACCGCUUCACCUCCCUACAGCAAGCUCAGGAUCUUGUCUGCUGCCUCGGGGGUCCUGUCCUCAGUGGUGUGUGCAGGCGCCUGGCUGCUGACUUUCGGCACUGCCGAGGGGGCCUCCCAGACUUGGUGGUGUGGAAUUCUCAGAGCCACCAUUGCAAGCUGGUGGAAGUGAAAGGCCCCAGCGAUCGCCUUUCAUGUAAGCAGAUGAUCUGGCUGGACGAACUCCAAAAGCUGGGGGCCGAUGUAGAAGUGUGCCAUGUGGUUGCAGUUGGUGCUAAGAGCAAAGGUCUUGGCUGAAAGAUGUCACACUAGAGACAUCUGGCCAUCUACUGGGACAAGAUCUUCAGAUGGAUAAAAGUUGUCACACUGGGGACAUCUGGCCAUCCACUGGGACAAGAUCUUCAGAUGGAUAAAAGUUGUCACACUGGGGACAUCUGGCCAUCCACUGGGACAAGAUUGUCAACAGGAUAAAGCUGUUUGCAUGGUCUCCACUUGGACUUGUCCUGACACCUGAGAUUGGAAUGACUCAUCCUUGUACAAUUUCUGUGUGUCACAAAACUUGGCCUCUGCUGGAGAACACUGGAUCCCCUGUGGGUGGGUGGGUGGACUGUUGAAAAUAUAGAAGUCUGUGUGGACGCUGUAGGAGCUGAAGGCAUCCAUGUUGUUAAGCUUUAAAAAAAAAACUGCCAGAGGGAAAAUGAACAUGAUGAAUUUAGUUGACACUUUAGGUUUUUAAUACAAAAUGUUUCUCUACUAAAUGCACUGGCAGUGGUGAUCCCUGAAUUUGGGGUUGUCUUGUGGUUAUCAAAGAAGGGCAGAACCCGUAGGAAUUUUGAUUUCCAAUAGGGGGAAAGUAAAAACAACCAAAACCAGAUUCUUUCAUUUAAAGGGAAGAAGGAUCACAAUAUGUAUCAAGCUUCGAGCUUUUGGAUUAUGUGUGAUUAAAAAUGUGUGCCAAGAUAUUAGAAAACAGCACCUUCCUGAGGUAUCCUAAUGUUGCCAGAAGUUGGUCUGAAACCUCACUCAGCUCUCACAGUUGACUGCGAGAUGGUUUACCUCAUCAAAGAAAACUGAAUUAGCCCAUUCCUGAAAGUGAAGUUGGCUCUCUGCUGGACGCGCCUCCCCCUGCUCACCUCGCUGAACCCAGCCCCAGCACGGACAGUGAGACCUGUGCUCUGCUGCCCAUUUGCCAAGGAGCUGCUUACUAGAUCGACUCAUGUGUUCAUGAACUGACUGGCUUCUGUAUGCCAGGUAUAGGAGUUUAAAAGCCAGAAAGGUAAUAUAUGAUUUUUGUCUCCUGUGGUCACAAAGAAGCUUUGGGGUAGGAGGAAUCUAUGAAAAUAACCAAGUACAAUACAAUACAAUACAAUACAAUACAUGGUAACAGUUACUAGAGGAAGGAAAAGGGGUGGGGGACUUUAUUUAGAGAAUAAAAAUGUUUCUGCUAGUCAAAGCACAUUAUGUCGCUGGGAAUGGUGGCUCACACCUGUAAUCCAGCACUUAAGAGGCUGAGACAGGAGGAUUACCUUGAGUUUAAGGUC